AUGACCUCCGAAAAGUACAACAUUCCUCGCCUCCAGUGGGCAGGAACUCCUUAUGAGGUCGGCUUGCAGCAUGGCGAGCAGCUGGCGCCUCAGAUCCUCGACCAGCUCGCGAUCUAUCGCGCCAUGUUCGCCGAGACGUGCAACUUCGAUUGGGCGCGCGUGCGCGAGACCGCCGAAGAAUUUCGCGCGACGAUAGCGCACCUCGCGCCCGCGCUCCUCGACGAGAUGCGCGGGAUCGCCGACGGCGUGGCUCGCGGCUACAAAACGGGGGCGUGGGACGGGCCCGUCGACGCCGUCGACAUCGUCGCGCUCAAUGCGCGCAGCGAAAUCGCGCUCGGCCAGUGGGACGACGGUUGCACGAGCGUCGCGUGGCGGGUUGACGGCUCGCGGCAGCUCCUCGCGCAGAACUGGGACUGGCGCGAGACGGUGGGCAAGAACCUCGCGAUGGCGUCGAUAACCGCGCCAGGGAAGCCUCGGAUGUGGAUGGUCAUCGAGCCAGGAAUUGUGGGCAAGAUCGGGUUCAACGCCGCCUCCGUCGGGGUGUGUCUCAACGCCAUCCGCGCGCGGCCAAUCUCCACCUCGCUCCUCCCCGUACACCUCCUCUUGCGGCUGGCGCUCGAGAGCACGUCGGCGGAGGGGGCGAUCAGGACCUUCGAGCGGCUCGGCGGGUGCGCGUCCUCGCAGCACAUCCUCAUCGCCGACGCCGCCGGCGCACACGGCCUCGAGCUCUCGCCCAACGGCGCGGAGUACCUCAAACCCGACGCGGACGGCCUCCUCGCGCACACGAACCACUUCCUCGCGAACACGCUGGUGGACGAGCCGCCCUGGCUCGAGGGCUCGCGGCCGCGCCUCGCGCGCGCGUACGAGCUCUGCCGCGCGCUCCGCGACGAGCUCGGUGCGGAGAAGCUCCCAGGCACGGUCGACGGCGCGCUCCUCCGCGGACGCGUGUUCGCCGACACCCACGGGGGUCCACAGGCCAUCUGCGGGCGUGCGGACCCCGCGCGCGCCGCGGCGAUUCAGACGCUGUUCAACAUCGCGAUGGACCUGGGACCGGGACACGCGCCGACCGCGGAGGUCGUGUUCGGGCGACCGGGCAGCGGGGAGGAGAGCAGCGUGUUCUGCAUGCCGUGGUGA